AGACUAAAUGUUUUUAGCACGUAUUGUUAAUGUCAGUCACGGCUAAUUUGAGACAGAACAACAGCAACGCCAACAAAACCCACACGUGGUGAGCAUUUGUGCGCGUUUCGUAGAAACAGAAAACUUGUUUUCCCACAUUUUCGUUUCAGUGUUCCUGUAUGACGCACGUGUAUCACAUGGCCGCGUAUCUUGCGAAACCACCUGGCCUGCUAUGAAAAAUGACCAUAAUCCUGCGAUUGGAAGGCCUUGAUGUGAAGGCUGGUACUGAAGAUAUACGGACAUUCUUUAAAUGCCUUCACAUACCAGAUGGUGGCGUGUACAUAGUGGGAGGAAGUCUUAAAGAGGCUUUUAUUGCAUUCACCACUGAGAGAGAUGCGCAGCUUGCCAUGCGGCUCACUGGAAAUGUCCUCAAAGGGUCUAAGGUGACUCUACACAUAAGCAAUAUGGAAGAGCUGGAGCACAAAUUAAAGUCAUUGUUAAAGAGAAAGAAACUUUCUCCCAAACCGUUUAAAGCCAAGAGACCUAAGCCAUCUCCAGAUGCAAGUCUGGUACCUUUGAAUUCACAGCCUCAUAAUCCCAAAACAGCAAAUCCAACACCUACCACCGCAUGGCCACUUGAUCCCAACACUGCAAAUCCGUCACAGCCUUGUAACCCCAAAACUACAGAUGUACCACCUACUACAACAUGGACUCGUGAUCCCAACAGUGCAAAUCCGUCACAGCCUUGUGACCCCAAAACUGCAGAUGUACCACCUACUACAACAUGGACUCGUGAUCCCAACAGUGCAAAUCUGCCACAGCCUCUUCAUCCUGUUAUUUCAAAUCUACAGCUUGACAACUCGCUUGACUCCAAUACUGCAUUUCUUCUUGGGAUUUGUACCGUCCUCCAAGGUCUCCACUCGUCCCAUCAAAGAGAAAACAAUGGGGCAGUGCCAAAACUUGAUUUCCCCAAGACUGACAGCACAGUUGACGUGUCUGAGGUGAGGGCACCAGAGCAAACUUUGAACUCAAGGCCAGGCUACGUCAGGCUCUUUGGUCUGCCAGCCACAGCUACAAAAGAGGUCAUAUGCCGUUUUUUCAGAGGGUUGACUGUACAGGAAGCCAUAGUGAAUGUCAACUUGGGACUUAAGCAUGGCUGCCUUGUGAAGUUUGCAAACAUGCAGGAUGCGUGUGAUGCUCUCCUGUUCAACCAACAGUCACUGGGCCCCUUCUGUGUGGAGGUACGUGGAGCAUCUGAGAAGAUGUGGACCAGUGCGCUGCAAGAAUGUGAAAAUGCUUUGGAUGUUGGGGAGAGCAUGAAACCCAAGCAAAGCCCUCUUGGGGAAACGGCAUAUCACAAACAAAGACCCACUUCAGCACUGCGGAUCAGGAGCCGACCUGUCAAAUGGUUGGCCUCUAAAUCGCCAAAAAACCAAAGACCUGACGGUGACUCAACAACCGCCUUAUCACCAACUGUGGAGCAUGUUGUCAUGGUCCGAAAUCUACCCCAAAAGAUGACCAAGACUGAAAUAAAAGAACUGUUUGGAUGUCCAAAUAUUGCACACAAAAACGUUUUACAUCUGCUUGACCAGGAAGGCAACAGAACAGACACAGCUUUUCUUUUUUUUAACUGCACUGAGGAUUACGACUAUGCAAUGAAUCUCUCGGGCUGCCAUGUGGGCUCUGAUGCCAUUGAGGUUUCGUCAGUCACCAAGAAGAUUAUGACUGACAUGAUGGCCAGAACCAACCCCAGGAGGCUUGCACGCGAUCUGAAGACUGACACAAAGAAGAAACGAAUUCGAAAGAGGAAAUCAGAUCCAGUUGAAACACGAGAAGCACCACCAUGCAUGAACCCGGACCAGGCAGCUCAGACGUGCCUGUUUGUCAGAAACAUGCCCGCAGAUGUACAGAAAAGUCAAUUAAAAGGCCUUUUUUGCAAAUACAAACUUAAAAAGAAUAACAUCACCUUUCUGCUCGACAGUAAUGGAAAAGGUAUUGGUGAGGCUGUGGUACAAUUUAAAUCACAGAAGCUCGCUGAACAGGCUCAAAGGCUCCACGGUCGGGACUUCCUGGGGGCAAAAGUGCUUCUUACCUGCAUAAAUGUGAAGCAGAUGGAGGACAUCUUGGCAAGAAAUGGUUAUGGAAGUUGAACAUUAAUGCUUGAAUAAAGACAAAGAUCUUAAUUUUUUCCAUUAAGUUUGUCUUCUGGUUUGUAAUUCUGCUAGAUUGUAGCAGAUUGUUAAUGUUUUGUACUUAUUGUUUGCACUAUGCUCCGUUACCACUGUUGAGCAUUUUUCACAUUCCCUCUGAACAUAUCUUAAAAUAAAAAUUGUUUUAAGCUCUG